AGCAACAGGACAGGCGCAACGAAUAGACUUGUCCCCGACAGCCGAUAGCCGGCCGGCGGUGCUCAGUCGAAAUGGUCGGACACGCGCGGACGGCGCUGCUGCUGACAAUAGGAUGCCUUCCCCUGGUGCGAUCGUGGAUGCCGGCUCCUAACAGCCAAUCGCUGAACGUCGGGGACCUGGACGGUCCGCGGUCGGACCUGGUGCGGAAGGUGUGGGCGCACCUGUUUUUCACCUUUCCCGGCACGGAAAAGAAUGUGCUCCUGCAAGCGGCCAAGUCCUCCACCAGCAAGGUCUCCGUGGACGCCAGGAACAUCACCGAGGUUCUGCAGGCUUCUGUCGAGGAAGGCAAGAUGCCGGUGCACUCCAUACCCGUGGACCAGGUUCCGCAGGACGACCUGCUCUGGAACGUCUACAACAAGGAAGUGGAGCGGUACAAAGAGGUGGACAACGGCCUAGCCAGGGGUGGCCGCUACCCGCGGGUCAACAGCCAACACCUGGAGCUCAUGCUCGAGAACGUGUUCCAGAACGUGCGCUCCGACGAGACUGAUACUGCGCUGAAGAGCUCGGUGCGGAUGUACAUCACGCGCAAGUUCUUCUCGUACAACCUGCUCUCGCUGAACCACGUGUUCCAGUUCAAGCCGACGGACCUGCGGGCGCUGGAGCUGGCGCUGACAGGCGACCAGCCACAGCAGAAGCAGCUCGAUCUGACGGUGAAGGUGGAGCAGGAGGAGCCAAUGGGUGUGAACGUGGUGGGGGUGCUUCCUGGGCGGCGCUGGGGCACCGCGGGCGACCGCAUGCUCAUCGUCGGCGCCCACUACGACACCGUGCCGCACAGUCCAGGCUUCGACGACAACGGCUCUGGUGUGGCCGCCAUGCUGGAGGCGGCGCGCGCGCUCUCGGAGAACGGCUGCCGGCCCGAGUUCAGCCUGCUGUUCGUCGCCUUCGACCUGGAGGAGGUCGGCGGCGCCGGCUCCAUGGCCUUCAUCCACCAGUUCCUCAACGCCAAGAUUCUGGAGCCGGCUGGCUGGCCAGACGCGCAGGGAGCGUUCAUCCUCGACACCAUCAUGAACUACAACGCCACCCGCGGCGUGCAGACGGUGCCGGCGCCCUGGGUCACACAGAUGCUGGACACCAUUCAGCGGCUGGAUGAGAACGACGCCCGGGGCGACUUCCUGGCCGCCAUCUACCGGCGACACGUGGACAAGCACCUGGCGGACGCUUACAUCUACCACUACCAGCGGCUAGGCCAGCUGGACCGCUUCCGCGUCGAGCGGUUCGACGUCGACCUGCCGGCCGAGAGGCCCUCGGACGACGUGCUCUUCAACCACAUGGACGUCAUGCGCUCAGACCACAGCCGGUUCUGGUACGUGUCGCGCGGCACCAACCAGACGGCCGCUCCGAGCACCAUCCCAGCCGUGCUGCUGACCGACACGGGGCCGUUCCGGGGCGUGAUGGCGCGCUGCUAUCACGCCGAGUGCGACAGCGCGCGCGUCAUGCAUCACGCCAACGCCGACAACCUGCCCUUCCUGACGCACUCCACGCAGGCGCUCGUCAACACGCUGGUGGAUCUGGGCGGGGCGCGGUGCAGCGGCAGGCCGCUGGUGGCCCCGCCGCCGCCACUGCCAUCUGUGAGCGCGAGGAGAAGCUAGGAGUUCUGUCGGCUGCUGCUACCAUCUGUGGGAGGCUUUGUAACGUGGUGUGGGGGGUUUCACCCCGUGCUGCCAUCUGUGGACCAGUGAGCGCGUGACUGGAACCAUUGUGGGACUCACCAGAGAUGAAAGUCACUCCGAUGCUGUGUGAAUUAAAUGAGUCCGGCAUCAAGUUAAGCCCCGUUUACACCUUGAGGACUGGCUGCAAAAUCCGCUCAGAUUACAGAAUGCAGAAUACGCGCAUAUUUUGCAGCUGUCAGUUGUGGUGGACUAGAGGUGCCACAUUUAGGACGGAAGGUUUGUUGACCGCGGUAUGACGAGCUCAAAAAAGGCAGUUUCCUUGUCCAAGGCAUCCUGGAAAACACCGAAUGUAGCUGAGGUGCUGGUCUAAAAAAACGUCGAGUCGUCAGGUGCUAGGGAUAGAAGUUCCUCUUGUGAGCUCUUUUUAGCGGCGCUUUGCAAGCCUGCGGGCUUACAUGCGGCAACCCUAGUGCGCAACGGCAGACUACUGCAGGACCUGCAGGGGAUUCUGCAACCAGUUCGAAAGGUGGGAACGAGCCUUAAAAUGAGCUUUUUUGACCUUGUGUUUAAGGUCCAAACUUCCAAGUUCAAGAUGGCCUGUCGUAUUGAACGGAAAUGAUUUGUUACCAAGUGUUGUGCUGUGUAAGCCGACUGUUAGCUACAGAUUGUUGGUAGAAGUGUUUCUGUCAUAUGCAUGACUUUGCCCUGAGAAACCUGUCAUGUGCCGUCAGUGAGCCGAAGUGUUGUAUUGUGCUUGCUGCAUGUUAAGAACGAA